CGCCUUAUAAACUGUGACGGAGGGAGUAGUACCGGCGCACCACACCACCGUAGAUAGACAGGGCCAACCCCUCUCCCUCUCUCGCUCUGUGUGGACCAUUUAUUCCCAGCGCCACAGCUACAAGGAACCCCUGCCCAUGUGAGCGCGAUCCCUGAUAUAAGUAGCAGGCUAGCGGUACCCUACUCCCCGGCUGCUUCCCUCAUUCAUUCAUCAGUGAGUGCUUAGCUACCUCCAAGCUUCAGUCGAGCCGAUCGAGCUGAGCUCCCUCCCCCCAUGAAGCUCCUCCUACUUUACUCCUCGCUUCUGCUUCUGCUUCUCCUUUUGCUAUCCUCCCAGGGCCUAGCCUCUACUCAAGGUAGAGGGCCGCUGCAUUACCAGCUCAAGGAGCGAGCUCCAAAGGUGGUGGGGGUGCCGGAGGGAGCGGAGGCGAUGUCGGCGGUGAGGAUCGGGUCGAGGCCGCCGCGGUGCGAGGGGCGGUGCGCCCUGUGCGGCCGGUGCGAGGCGGUGCAGGUGCCGGUGGCGCCGCGGGACAAGGGGGGGAGCCACUUCCGCCUGUCCGGGGCCUUCGGCGGCGACGACGACGAGGGCUCCACCAACUACAAGCCGCUCAACUGGAAGUGCCGGUGCGCCGACAGGAGGCCGAUCCUCAACCCGUGACCGAGGCCUGCUCAAGAAGAUGAUGUUUGAUGAGCCUCCAGCAUCUUUGAUCCGUCCCAUCACAGAUCACAUGGCUACUGUAAGUUGUUGGGAGAGGCUGCAUGCGCUAAGAUCAACUACACUACAUGGCUGUGCAAGGAGUGGUUGUUGGGAUAAGUUUUGGUCAGUUUGUUUAGGUAUAGAGUUUAUGAUGAUGAUGCUGAAUGAUCCACUACAUACUGCUAGUAGUUUGGAGCCGGUGUUGGCGCUGCACUAAUUGAUCAAGGAGCUGCUAUGUUAACAGCUGCUUCUGAGUUCCCUAUAUUGUACUAUAAGCUUGGUGGUGUAAUUAAGAGACUGAUAUCACUU